CUCGCCUCUCAUCUCCCUCUCUCUGGCGAUUAGGGUUGCCCCCACGCCGCCGCCAGGGGCUGACCACCGGCCUGGUUCCUCGUCCCGGCCGGUGCGCCGCCGAAUGCCUCCACCCCCAUCCUCCUACAUCCCCCAUCCGCCCUAAGAAGCUCUCCACUCCGCCGCCAGGAGCACUUCUGCUGCCCUUGCCGCUGCAAAUCAGGGGAGAUGACGACCCGCUAGCCACCACAGUCGGUCGCCUCCAUCCCCCCAUCCGUCGGACGAGCUUCUCCACCCAUCCGAGCUGCCCCACCGCAAACUAGCUCGCUGAAGCAAAUAGCAAAGGAAGAGUGGCGCCACCGGUGACUCUAGACCUCCCCAUCCCCGACAGCAACCAAAUAUUUGAGUGGAGUGGAGGGAGGAGAUAAGGGGAGGUAGAUAGGCGAUGAGUCCAGUUGAGAUUCCCCACUGGUUUGAUCAUGUUCCCAACUCAGUGUGUGUGGAUGGAAAGAGGCUGCGGCAAUCUGCAAUGCCUGUUGACCCCAUGUCCAAGGUGCUCGACGAUGAUAACCUUCUCAUCGAGAUCCUCCUGCUAAUCGGCUACCCCACCACCCUCAUCUGCGCUGCUCUCAUCUGCAAACGUUGGUUCUGUCAUGCCUCUGACCCUGCCUUCCUCUGCCGCUUCCGCAAGCUCCACCCUCCCCGCCUCCUUGGCGUAUAUUUCAAGACCAGGGCGAGCCACUCACGCUUUGUGCCGAUGCUACCACAGCCCCCAGAGAAUGAUGCAGUCAUCAGCUGCGCAAGCUCCGUGGAUGCACAUAAACUCAUGUUGGAUGACUAGAAUGACAUCAUCUUCACCAAAACAUUUAACAACUGCGAUGAAGAACCCGGAUGAAUACAUAUAGUGCGCAACCCGCUCUGCCCUGCAAGAGGCAUGGUUAUCGUACCGCCAUUCCCAUGCUACGGACACCAGGACGGCUAUUUCUACGAGUUCUGUAAACUCCUAUUCGAAGAAGAAGGUGACGGCUUGUCAUACUUCUAUGUGCAGAGUGAACUUUCUAAUGAUGGAAGAAAAUCUACCGUGUAUAUGUAUAUGUUGCAAGAUGGUGUUUGGUGCUUGCAUACCUCACCAACGACACAGCUUCCUUGUCGGCCACAGAUACUGACUUCUUUGCUUGUUGACAAUAAAAUCUACAUGGCGGCCACCCAAACUGAAAUUCUUGUGUUGGAUUUGACAGCCUCAAGUUUCUCCACAUUUCAGGUCCCACAAGGGUUGGUUAUUGGUUACAAACGAACCAUGUUGUCAUGGGGAUAUGAUAAUUCUGGUGUGUAUCUCAUUCAUUUGAACGGGCUUCAGCUUUGCAUCUGGCUACGCACAGGAGACAACUGGUUGCUGGUGGAUACCAUUUGCUUGCGUGAGAUGUAUGCUAAAUUGACGAUGCCUGAUCUUACAAAUUGGGUGUGGAUAAAUCAGGUGGGGGUAAAUGCUGAGUUUGUUUUCUUGAGGAUGGGUCGAUGCCUAGUCUAUGUGGGUAUCAAGUGCAGGAAGUUGUGUAAAGUGUAUGAGAUGACAAGCGAGGAUCGAUGAUUGGGUCGUGUCCAUCCUUGUAUGAUGAUUUGGCCUCCCACAUUCCAUGCGCUCAAGGAUGGUCCUGCAAGGUUUGUCUUUUGGCCUUUGGGUGAUGUUAUUGUAUUUUGUUUUUGUGUGGUCGCA